AUGGCGAUCAAGCACAACAACCAGAUCCCCCACAACCACUUCCGCAAGGACUGGCAGCGCCGCGUCCGGUGCCACUUCGACCAGCCCGGCAAGAAGGCAUCGCGAAGAGUCGCACGCCGCGCAAAGGCCGCUAAGGUCGCUCCUCGCCCCGUCGACCUGUUGAGGCCCGUUGUGCAAUGCCCGACCAUCAAGUACAACCGCCGUGCCCGCCUCGGCCGCGGCUUCACCCUUGACGAGCUCAAGGCUGCUGGUCUGCAUAAGCUCCAGGCCCGUACCAUCGGUAUCUCAGUCGAUGGCCGCCGCCGCAACCUCUCUGAGGAGUCGCUCGCCCGCAACGUCGAGCGCCUCAAGGCCUACAAGGCCAAGCUCGUUGUCAUGCCCAAGAAGGGCAAGAAGCCCGAGGUUGCCGACAAGACCGCCCACAAGAUCUCCGCCGUCGUCCCCAUCGUCCCCCCUGUUGGUGUCAGCGAGAUCAGCAAGUCGGACAUCCCCAAGUCGGACAAGAGCGCAUACCGCCAACUGCGCGAGGCCAGGGCCAACGCCCGUCACGAGGGCAAGCGGGAGAAGCGUCUGAGGGAGAAGGCCGACGAGGAGAAGGCCAAGAAAUAG